CAACAGCGAUUCUCGCCGGACGUGAGGGGAGACUCGGCGUGAGGCCUGUAGGGCAGGGCGGGGGCUGCCCUGAGCCCCAAGACCGCCUCGGAGCCGGGCCUGCGCUGAGGGGCUGGGAUGGAAACCUCCUCCCCGUCCUGCACGGUCUGCACCGCAAGGAAUGAAAACAGCGGUGUUACGACGAGGGUACCACAAAUUACAGCGGGACGCCCGGCGCAGGGCCGGUGGUCAUAGCUGGUGGUGGCAAAAGGCUUGUUCUGAUGCCCUGCCAGUGACAGACUUGUUGUGCGAUGCUUUACCAAAGAGCAAGUCCAGUUUAAGCUCUAAUGCUUUGCUGUAUGGCCUAUGAGAAGUAGCUGAAUUACUUACACACAAACACUGUUUGUUUUUUCAGAUGCUAAAAGAAUUAAUUAUACAUGAUUGGUGACAUCAUAGAAACUAAACAAUGCCAACUAAAAGAUCCCAUGGAUUUAUUUCAUUCAGGGCAAGUUGUAAAAAUAUGUGCCCCUAUGGUCCGCUAUUCAAAGUUGGCUUUCAGAACCUUGGUUAGGAAAUACAGUUGUGAUUUGUGCUACACACCAAUGAUAGUGGCAGCUGAUUUUGUGAGAUCUGCAAAAGCAAGAGACAGUGAAUUCACAACAGACAAAGGUGAUCAUCCAUUGAUUGUUCAGUUUGCUGCUAAAGAAGCACAGGUUUUGUGUGAUGCUGCCCGUAUUGUCUGCCCUUUUGCAGAUGGAAUAGACCUGAACUGUGGCUGUCCUCAGAGAUGGGCGAUGUCAGAAGGUUAUGGUGCUUGCUUAAUAAAUAAACCAGAGCUAGUUCAAGAUAUGGUGAGACAUGUACGGAAUCAGAUUGACAACCCUAGAUUUUCAGUAUCUAUUAAAAUAAGGAUCCAUGAAGACUUAAAAAGAACAGUUGACCUGUGUCAAAAAGCUGAAGCAACUGGAGUUUCAUGGAUUACAGUACAUGGGAGAAGCAUAGAAGAAAGACACCAGCCUGUACAUUAUGAUGCAAUUAAAACAAUUAAACAAAGCAUGUCUAUACCUAUUGUGGCUAAUGGAGACAUUAAAACUUUAAAAGAUGCUGAAAACGUUCAUCACUUGACAGGAGCAGAUGGUGUCAUGGUGGCUAGAGGACUCUUAGCAAAUCCAGCUAUGUUUGCAGGAUAUGAAGAGACACCUUUAAAGUGCAUCCGGGACUGGGUUGACAUUGCUCUUGAGCAUGGAACUCCUUUUACGUGUUUUCACCACCACUUAAUGUACAUGAUGGAACGGAUAACUUCAAAACAAGAAAAAAAAGUUUUUAAUGUUUUAUCAAGUACCUCAGCAGUACUAGAUUAUCUGAAUGACCAUUAUGGUGUGUGAUAACUGAAAGUAUUUAAUUCUGUGUAAACUUGUAUUUUACAAUUGACGAUACAUUGUUAAAGUUUUAAUUGGGUUUCUGCUUUUUAGUCACAUUCAUACAUUGAAAAAAUAUUUUCAACACAGCAUAACAUUACGAUCAGGUUGAUACUUUAUAUUUUUAGUAUUUUUAUGUCAGCAUUUUUCACUUCAGAAGAUACUCCAGAUUCCACAAAGGUGAAGUUUUAUUUACAAUGUGCUACUACACAGAGGAUUGAUUAUUGUAAGACUCCAGUAAUUUAAUUUACUAUUUCAGCAGACAAUUGCUUACAGCAACAUAUUUGCAAAACUAGGGCCUUUCUUACAUGAAACUUUCUAAAAGCAGGACUACUUAUAAAUAAUACCAAGAAUUUCAGAGCAAAAGAAUACAAAGGGAGCAAUUAUAGAAUUUUUUGCUUUAACUGACAUAAGAUACACUUUUAAAAUUGAGUAGAUUUUUCAGUCUUAAAGGCUGUAAGGCCUUGAAGCCUAGUAUAGUAUCCUCUUUUAAAUUAGAUGUUCUUUUUGCAGACUAAAACUUUCUAAACUUAACUUAUGACUCGGAAAAAAUCCACACU